AUGAUUAUUCCACCACGUCACCAACCAACUCCAAAGAUUGAAAAAGCAUCAAAUGUAACACUACAACGACUUCUCUUUCACUCUCUCUUACUCUCUAUCUCACUAUGUACUUCUCACUAUCUCUCUUAUCACCUCUCGCUUUCUGUCUAUGUUUUACUGUCUCUCUCGAUCUUAUGCUCUCUCUCCUACUUUCUCUUACUCUCUCUUAAUCUCUCUUAUUCUUUUUAUCCCUUACUCUCUUUCUAUCUAUUCCCUUCUCUCUCUAUCUUAUUAUCUCACUCUUUCUAUUUCUUUCUCUCUAUAACGAUCUAUAUCUUACUUUCUCUCUCUCUCUCUGAAAAAUAUAAUUCUUUUCUUUUUCUGUCUCUAUUUAUCUCUUUUUCUUUCUUUAUCUAUUGCUUUUUUCAACUGUUAUGGUCCUUCACAACUUCUCUCUUUCUCACCUCUUUCUUUUUCUCUCUCUUUCUCUCUCCUUUCUCUCUCUCUCUCUCUCUCUCUUUCUCUCUUUCUCCCUUUCUCUCUCUCCCUUUCUCUCCCUCUUUCUCUCUCUCUCCCUUUUUCUCUCUCUCUCUUUCUCUCUACCUUUCUCUCUCUCUUUCUCUCUCUUUUUUAGGUAAGGCUCUCUCUCCCUCUUUUUUCUCUCUCUCCCUUUCUCUCCCCCUUUCUCUCUCUCCCUUUCUCUCUCUCCCUUUCUCUCUUUCUUUCUCUUUCUCUCUCUCCCUUUCUAUCUCUCUCCCUUUCUUUUUUUCUCUUUCUCUCUCUCCUUCUCUCUUUCAGAAUUCUCUCUCUCCCCAAUCUCUCUCUCUCCCUUUCUCUCUCUUUCUCUCUUUCUCCCUUUCUCCCUCUCCCUUUCUCUCUCUCUAUCUCUCUCUACCUUUCUCUCUCUUUCUCUCUCUCUUUCUUUCUCUCUCUUGA